AAGGGGGAGGAGGCAGCUGGGAGCCUGCCCAGCCGCUGCCCCUGGCACAGUCCUCGGCGCAGCCCUGGCAGCAGCAGGCAGAGGGUCGCCCGCGGCCCCGGGGGCGAUGCCAAACAGGACGGAGCCCUGGCAGCGGAGCCUGGGGGCGCUGCUGGGUGCCCUCAACCACAGCCUGCAGGGGGCUGCCCCCUGCCCCCCGGGCGCCGGCGGGGCCGGGCAGGGCGGUGCCAGCCGGGACGCCGGCCGCGAUGCCAACGCCUUCCUCUACAUCCUCUUUGUCAUGACCUUGUUCGCCGGCACCGUGGGCAGCCUGGUGCUGGGCUACACCCGGGCACGGCGCGAGGAGGGGCACAGGGACCCCCCCCCGGCCUGCAGGGCAGCCUUCGUCUGAGCCUGGCACCACCCGGGGUCUGGC